UUCCAGCCCGGACCAACCUAGUUUGCAUAGCUGGCAAGUUUUUUUACCUGUCAAGUGUCAUUCGGCAAAUCAUGCACGUUCGAUUUGUAGCGUUGUGAACAAUUUGUGUAUUUAAUUUAAAUAUUAUAUUUAUCUGUGUGUUAAUUAAUUAGUACAUAACAAAAUGGCAGAGACUGAACCUCAAGCGGGAGAUGCUGGGCCACCCAAGGGUAUGCCUGCCCUGAAGGCGCAUGUAAAUGCCAACAAAAUAGACGUAGCACUAUGGGCUAUUCGAGUGCUCACUGUGCUCUUUACCAUAGGAUAUGUACUGCCUUUGUUCAACAACCCUGUGUCAGCGUUCUACAAAGCCCUGUUGGCGAACGCGGCGACGUCAGCGCUCCGACUGCACCAGCGCAUCCCGGCGCGCGAGAUCUCCAUCUCGCGGGAGUUCAUGGCCAGGUUCUUCCUGGAGGACAGUGCGCACUACCUGUUCUACUCGCUCAUCUUCAUGAAUGUUGCACCUAACUUGUUGAUCCUGACGCCGAUCUUCUUGUUCGCUCUGCUGCACGCUGCGUCCUACUCGCUCACCAUCCUCGAUACCCUGGGCCAGAACUCGAUGUGGGUGGCUCGCCUGCUGAUCUCCCUGGUGGAGUUCCAGUCGCGUAACAUCCUGCGCGCCGCCGCCCUCGCUGAGAUCGUGCUGUUCCCGCUCGUCGCCUUCAUGGCGCUCUUCGGCUACUGCGGGCUGCUGACUCCGUUCGUGUACUACUACUUCGUGACGUGGCGGUACGCGAGCCGGCGGAACCCGUACACGCGCAACACGUUCCGCGAGCUGCGCGUGGCCGCCGAGCGCGCCGCCGACCGGCCCGCGCUGCCCGCCGCGCUCAAGGGCACAAUCCACUCCGCCGUGCAGCUCGUCUGCCGCAUGGCGCCGCCCAUGGAGCAUGUGCAACAGUCAGUAUACUCACAUUACUAUUAUCUACUAGCUGAACCGACAUACUUCGUUUUGCCUCAAACAUUUUUUUCUUACCUUUUAAACCUUCCCUGCAACUUCACAAUUAAUUCAAGACCAAAAUUUGCCGAAUCGGUCCAGCCAUUCUCGAAUUUUAGCGAGACUAACGAACAGCAAUUGAUUUUUAUAUGUAGAGAUUUAUGGUACCAUCAUUCUAGAACCCACGCAGAGCCGUAUAUAGCCUAUUGCUAUUGAGUGACGGCAGCGCCAAAAGAAAUUUUGAGCACCUAUAAGGUCUGCCUAGGGCGCUCUCUAGGUUUAAUCUGCCUCGAGAGUCCCCGGGUCGUGUCUUAAAAACGUAUAAAUAUUUACUAUUGUACCGUAUUGUCAUCGCGUUACACAUGAGACUUACUAUGUAUGGGGAAACGAACCAUAACAUUUUAAGCACCAUGCAUUUGACGUUUGGAAACGUCAUUUUAAGGGGAAGACGAAUGUUGCUGAAUUAAAUUGAAUGGCAUACAAAAACCUUUUACCUCAAGCGGCAAAUUGAUUUUAUAUUAUUUAACAAAAUACCAAAACUGGAUAUAAUUAACCUUUUUUUAACCUGUUUUUGUAUUUACAACCUUCAGAUUUUGUAAGACUUGAAGAACUUGUUUUGUAAAAAUAUUUUAUUAAAACGAUUGUAUUAUAAUUUCAGGUAAACAUGUCGGUCGUAAGGUCAGUUAAAGUGAAGAACUUUCUACAUCACUAUCGUUCUUUUGUAUCCAAACUACGCAUGCGCGGAGUCUGCACGUCUGGAUGUGUGCCCUGUGCUCUAUGAUCUAUGGUCAACUACUUCAGUUGCGACUUAUUAUAAUAAACAUACGAAUAAGGACCAGUAAGGGUUACUCCCAUAGUAAUGUAUUCAUUGGUCACUUCACAGCAAUUUUACUAAAUAAUACCCACUUUGUAAAGUGUAUUUUAAACGAAUUUAAGACUUGUGCAUUAUUGACCAACAAAUUAACAGUUUAUGUUUAAUUUAAUAUUGUUCAAUAAAUAAUUUUGUAAAGGUCAACAUCCAUUUGAAGGCGAACAAACACCGUCCACUGGACUAAACUUAUUAUAAGAACAAGUAUCCAAACCAUUGCAGUACAAAAACCUCGUUUUACUCAUUUUAUGUUAUUUAGCAAUGGCAACCCCGACAUGUAGGAGCGAGAUAACGCUAUACCGCAGCUGAAUACUAAAAAGGGACGACGUAAUCUACCAUCGCUUGUAAAAUCCGCCCGUACAAUGUAUGUAAAUGCAUUUCAUAGCAUAAUCUUUGGUUGUUAACAAAUCAGUAUAAUUAUUUUAUAACUUAGGGGAUAUACUUUAUGUAUUUAAGUUUAAUUUCUAUUUAAUGUCGGUCCAAUUUUAUUUAAGGCAUAAAGGAAUGUUGAAUGUUUAAGUUAGACUGCUAAGUGAUUUUAUUCAAUGUAGAUUUUUUAUUAACGAAAAUGAAUUGUAUGUCAGUAUUGUUGUCGUCUGUCGAAAUCUAGAAGAAAUGUCAGAUUUCGAUUUUAUCUAUUUACAUGGGAAUGCUAAGUCUUUGUAGCAGUUCUGAAGAUUGUUCAUUCCAUUUUGUGCAAACAUAGUUUUAUUUUUCUCGUAAAAUUUAAAAUGUACAGACAUUCAAACAAGCACAUAUCUCUUUGGAAUUGUAACUGGUAAUAAAUAUGAAUUACAUUUAAAAUUACGAUAUUAUUUUGUGAAUCGUGUAUUAAUUAUUUUAUUAUUUUGGUUAUGUUGUGUACUGCCAGCGACAUUUUUGUAUUUAGUAAAUAAUUAUUAUGCACUUGGUUUGGGGUGAAUGUAGUCAGGUUUUUAAAUAAAUGUUGGUAUAAACGGU